CGAUUUUUCGUCAAGGUAGGUGCUUCACAUUUCCCAUCAUGGUCAAAUUAUCGCGUUUCUCUCUUCUCUCAGCACUUGUUGUCACUGCAUCGGCGACUGAUGUCGUUGUACCGAAACAUCUUCCCACCCGUGAGCUCCUCCGAGAUGGCUAUGCGUACUCCCUCGAGCCGGUCUGGACGCAGGAUUACAUCUCUUCCAAUCUGACUCGCAACCUCAUGAAAGUUAUUGCAAGCAUUACUGGAAAACCACCGACCCUCCGAGUAGGAGGAAACACUGGCGAUCAAACAUACUACCAUCCCGAGUUGAAUGUUUCUGCCGCCGCAUUGCCCAACACCACCGUUACCAAUACGUUCAACAUCAGCAAUGCCUGGUUCGAGCAAUGGGGUAGCUACUUCCCGGACGGCACAGACUUUCUGUACACUUUGAACCUUAAAGACAACUCGAGUGCUUGGGAAAAUGCUGUACGGGAAGCCGGAGCAGCAUACAGCGUACUCGGUGACAAGCUCAAGCUGAUUGAGUUGGGCAACGAGAUCGAUCAUUUCAUCAACAAAGGCUGGAGACCUCCUACUUGGAAUGUCGCUAUGUAUGUCCAGCAAUGGCGUAAUAUCUCGAGUCAGAUCGUAAGCUCCUCAUGGUACAAAGCCGCAAGUCACCCGCCAAAGUUUCAAGCCGCCGUUUUUGCCGAUCCUCCUUGGCUACCGGACCAGCAAGAUGAGAUUGACGAUUUCGACAUCAUCAACCUUACUCGCGCUGGCUUGACUGAGCAAGACAAGAUAGGCUCGUAUGCCGUUCACCUCUACCCUCAAUCCACUUGCGACACUGCUCGUUGGUACAGGCUAAGUCUGAACCUGCUGUCGAACCACAGCGUUCUUUGGCACAAUGUGUCGCAGUAUGUGCCCCAAGUCGCUGCUGCAGACAAAGCCGGCAUACCUCUUGUCUUUGGAGAGACGAACUCUGCCUCAUGCUCUGGUCGAAGUGGCAUUAGCGAUACCUUUGGUGCUGCUCUUUGGAAUGUUGAUUACGUCUUGUUAGCAGCUAGCAUUGGAAUGCCUCAUGUCUACUUCCAUCUCGGUGCAAACGCAGAGUACUCAAGCUUCGUUCCACUGCCCUAUCAACACAAGAAUGAAAGUCUCGAGGCAGGCAUCAGAAGUCUCUUUUACGGGCAUUAUUUCAUGGCUCAUGUGCUAGCGUCAAACAAGCAACAACGAGUCGCUCAAAUACCUACCGCAAACUCUUCCGACUUCAGUGGCUACGCCAUUUACUCACCCGGCCAUCGCCACCACGAAGAGCUCCACAAACUCGUCUUUAUCGAUCUACAGGUCUGGAACGGCACUCAGGGUUUAUCAAAUCCCUCGACUCUUAGCAUCACUGACUCGACCUCUCACUCCGCGGGCCUACGUCCCGUCCGCAAAGUCUCUGUCAGCACGUCCUGGAAGGCAGGCACUUGUCUUGACAUCAUCCGUCUUCAAGCGCCAGGUACGAAUGCAAAAAGUGAGAUCAGCGUCUCUGGUGUCAGCUUUGAGUCGCAGACUGGAGAUCAAGUUGGCGAGCCGCAAGGGGAAACUGUCAUUGUCGGUGAACAAGGCCGAGUGUGCUUUGAAAUGCAAGCGGCAGAGGCCGUGUUGAUAGAAGGAAAACAGCUAAACGAUCGCACUGUAUACUAGCCAAGAUGAUUUGCUAUCAGGCUUCUUGGCCUUGAGGUACAAAGUACUUUUUUCCUCUUUUCACACUUUUCCCAGCUCGUGCUUUUCAAAAUCUCUUGACUCGGCCGAGAUGCUGAGUCGUGGUGGCCUGGAGCUGUCGGUCUGGACUUCUCGUUUUCGUCUACAAAAGCGAUGUCAACUUUUGCUCAAAGUACCGCGAGACCUUUUGGAAGGUUAACAGAUGAGAGAAGACUUCGCUUGCAAGAAUAAUAUAAUAUGCCGC